UCAUCAGGAUAUCGUCUAACAACUUAAUAUGAAAAGUUUUCCCACUCCACUUCGGUCGGUCGAUUAAUGUUUGGAAUAAAAAAAAACAUUAAGAAUAUUUUUGGAGGAAUUAAGAAAAACAACUACCUCACACUACAAGUUAGAUUUAGUUUACCGGGUUAGGAUGUCUUAGAGAUGGAUUAGUGUUUUCAGAUAAGACACUGUUAGUUAGCACAGAUAAAUCUGUCAUCUCCACAUGACCUGUUAGCCGUGACCGCUAGAUUGUCGUGCUUAGCAGACCACGGUAAUAGCGAACUGUCUCAAGCUGCUCAUUCCAUGCCCAACCACUAAAGCAAGUGUCUGGAAAAAUGUUUCCACUCCUACUGAUAAUCGUCACGCAAGUUUCAGCCGAUUUCACCACUGAGGAAAUACAAUUUCUGAACGAGCUGCCUUUAGAAAAGCUGUUGAGGCUGAAGUCAUCACUACAAGAUAUGGUCACUGCGCGUUAUGAGAAUGUUACGAUGGCGCCAACGCCUUCGUAUUUGGAGCGAUUUGGGGCUCAGGCUAUGGCUGUAAAAGCACCGCCAAUAAAGAGAGGAGAUUAUGAAGAAAUCGAGCAUAAGAAAGAAAGUAAGAUCAGUCAUUUAUUCUCAAUGUCUGUGACGACGUUGGCAUUCCUGGCUUUCGGGGGUUAUCUACUUUGCCUUAUAGUACAAGCCGUGAAGGCUAAGCAGCAGUAUCCGUUUCCGACUCCAGCGGCGCCGACGCCGCAGACGUUUGUGUUAAGCGCGGGGAUAAAGAAGAGACCGCAGAGUCAGUUCGCGAGUUAUGGAAGGAGAAAGAGGGAGAGUAGAGAAGUGAGGAGGCUGAGGAACGUGGAGUUACCGCCGGAGGAGCUGUUCUCGGCGCUGGUGCAGUUGUGUGAAGGAUACGCGAAGUGGAGUGAAGGAACAAGCCCUGGAUUAUAAAAAUAUUUAUACAUUCGCGAUGGUGUGAUUAGUGGUUUGUUGUUUGAGUCUUACGGACAGCUAGAGCGAUAUUUAUUUAUAUUUAUUGUUUUGAGUCUUGUCAAUUACAUAGUAGAUACGUAACGAUAUUGAUGAAGCUAGUAAGUGGGUAUCUAUUUAACGUUAUCUCGAUGGUAUUAACCUAAAAUUGCAAUUUUAAUAACUCUAUAAUUGUGAUUGACUGAUUGAAUCUUCGCUUUUAAUUUUGUUUUUUUGCCACUAAGAAUCGGACCUGUAAAGCGUCUAAAUAAUUUCUAAUACUUACUUACUUACUUAAUAUUUUUAUUGUAUCAAAACUGACAGUUCUUCAACUAAUGUCCGUUGCAACUUAGCCUCACUCAACCAAUAGCAUCCCAAAGGUUUUCCGUAGGAAACUGAAUACCCGUAAAGUAAUAGCUAUCAAAGUUACCCCUAGGUAUCCCUUCAUUCUUACAAACCCAGCUAAAUGAUGGUUGAUAAAACUACUUUACCAUAAAUUCGCCUUUACUGCGUAAAU